GGUCUUCCUAUCACCUUGCCCGCUGUUGGCCGCCGGCGCCAUGUCCCUCCUCGACCGCUACAUGGACGACCUCGAGUCGCGCCGCGAGAAGGCGGGCUCUGAUCCGUCCGACUAUGAGGACGUGGGUGGCGUGGCAGUCUCGCCCGAGUCGGCGGCGGGAGAUACAGUGGUGUUCAAGGCGGCAGACAUCAAGCUGGCGCUGUCGAGGCCCCCGCCGCCUGUACCCGACGACGCCGCGUCCGUCUACUCCACCACUUCGGAGCUCGGAGCGCCCGUCGGGAGCGUCUCUCCGCCAGCGCCCGCGGCAGCACCGCCGCCACCGCCGCCGCCGUCCGCGGAAUCGCCGCGCAAUCGCGUCGCCCCAGGGACGAGCGUGGCGGCGCUGCUGCAGCAGCAGCGGCAGAUGGCGGAGCAGCUUCGGCAGAUGCAGGCCAAGAUGGACUCGGAGCGGCGCAAGCGCGAGCUCGCCGAGAACGCGAUGGAGGUCGAGCGCGCCUUCCUCCACGGCAAGCCGAGCACCACCUUCCUCCUCCGCGUGGUGAUUCCGCUGCAAGCGCGCCCGCGCGCUUCCGCGCCGCGCGCGCGGCGAGGAGCUACCGCAUCCACCUCCUCUUCGUGCGGCGGCUGCAGUGCUCGGUUCGCCGCUGGGCGGCGACCGCGCUGCUCAGCAGCAGCCGCGCCGGCGCAGUUCGUCUGCAGGCGGCGGCGCGGCGGCGCGCGUGCGUGCUGGAGCGGCUAUGGCUGCGGCGGGAGAGAGCGGCCGGAAUUGUGCAGUGCGCGUUCCGCGUGUACAAGGUUGACCGGCUGGACGACCCCGACCUCAUUACAAGCCGCCUGUUCGCACGCCUGUUCGCCGAGCUCCCCGGCAAAGGCGCCGCGCUCGCCGCCGCCGAAGCUCGACUCCGCGCCGCCGCCGCCGAGGAUAGCGCCGAGUCGGCGGCAGUGGAGUGGCGCCGCCGGGUGCGGCAGGCGGAGGCGGAGGCGGAGGCGCGGGCGGAGGCGGCCAAGCGCGCCGCCCUCGACGAAGCCGCGACCCAGCUGGCGGCGUAUGGGCGCGCCAUCGAGAUGGCCGGGAUGCACGCCAAGGCCGAGGGCAUGCAGGCGAGGGCCGAGGGCAUGCAGGCGCGCCCCGCCUCUGGAGAGCGUGCAAAGGUGGAGUCGCUGGUUGCCGCCUGACCGACGCUCCUCCCCGUAUGACGCCUCCCCGCUAGUCCCUUCUGUGUCUCGUUCCCCCCCCGCUGCCCGACUGUGUGCGGGAGUUGGUUUGUCGGGAGGGAGGGGCGGGCUGGUCACCCACGUGCACCGGGCCAGUGCUAGACCUUGCACUUUGAAUGCCGUGGGGCUCCUGCCCGUGUCCGGGUGUGGAGAUGCGAGGGUCGCCCCCCUUGCCCCACCACUUUGUGUGUGUGGAGAAAUCUACCUUACCUUUUACCUUGUACCUUACCUU